UACAAACAACAGUCAAGAGUCAGUCAAGCAUCGAGAUGAGAUCAGUGGGUUUUAUAUUCAUUUUAUUUUGCGCAGUUUUGUGUGCUGUAGCUCAGCAGACAUACGAUGGACGUAAUGGACCCCACACUUUUGGUUCACCUGGCCAACAAGUUUAUAUACGCGGCCAAAACCCGGGACCCUAUCAGGUGGAUGGCGUAGGUGGCACUUUUCAGAAUUCACCCAAUCGAGGAGAGCAUUCGUAUACCGAUGAGCAGGGCAAUACGUAUGUGAAUCGCAAAAAUGCUAACGGAUCAGGAAGGCAUGGCGUGGCGGGUAAUGGCGUUGUGCUCCAGCGUGGAGAGUCAGGUAUUGAUGGAAGACGUGUCUAUGCCAACCUUCCAGAAUACGGUCAAGGACGGCGCAACUCAUAUCCAGUUAAUCGUCGUUCUGGUGGUGCAUUCCGUGAUCGUCGUUCUGGUGGUGCAUUCCGUGAUCGUCGUAGUCCCCAAUUAAAGGUUGAUAGACGCAAUCCAGAGUACCUGGGCAAUAGUUUCCGUUAUCCAAACGGUCGCUACAAUAAUUAAUAUAAUCAGCAAAUGCUGAUUUCCAUAGAGAAUUCCGGAGAGGAUUCUGAUAACUGAUAUAAGAACUGUAUACAGUCUAUAUUCAAACGAAAUACACAUUCAGAUGAAUAGAAA